AUGAGUCAACCAUACGAUGGAAGGGGUACGGACCCAUACUCGGGAUCUACGAGAAGAGCACGCGAGAGAACACAAGGUGGAUAUUCGCGACAUCAACCAACAUAUUCAGAUCCCAUGGAAGAUGACCCGCCUGGCGAGCUCAGGGCUCCUCCUCCUCGCCGACCCAUGGGCGCAAAUACCAUGGGACAAUCCAGGAUUCCAAAAUCUAAGCACGCGAUAGACAGAAGUGGGAACUCUGGCCUCACCAUAUCUCGACCUCAACAAGUACCCCAAUGGCCUCUGUCUGGCCCUCCUAUGGCUGCUAUGAACCAGCCUGAGGCUGAGCCAUACCGACCACCCCCCGGCAAACCAACCCAGGCCCCUCGACGGCCUCCUCGACCUAGCCAAGUUCCUUCAUUACUCGACCAGUCUCGACUCCAAGAACCGACUCCAGUAUUUCUCACCCCAGAACCCGAAGAAUACGACUCUGCUGUCCCCCCUUCUCCAUCAUCGCGAAAUACUAUCUCGAGUCUCGGAUCUGUCCCUGACUUCCCAGAACCCAGCCAAGUUCAAGUAGCCAACAGACGAAGUACCUAUCUUGGACCUCCCCCAUCGGCGAGACGAGGCGUCUCAUCAUUCUACUCACACGCGUCGUUUGUCUCGCCAAUUCCUGAAGAAAGUCUUAACUCAAGGUCGCACGAUUCAUACGCAUCAAGUGCUGCCAUGCCCGAUAGCUGGCGCGGAGGCUCUCCGGUUGGCAGUCCUUCGUAUUAUGACGACGGGGCUACUGACAGGAGCCAAGACGAAGAUUUUCAUGAUGAGAGUAAAUUGGUCCGCAGCGCUAGCAUUGGGAAACGAGGAAAGCCUUCCCUCGUCAACACGAAAUCGGUCAUUAUGGAACCUAGUUACCGGCCUGCACCAUCUCCAGUCCAACCCUUCGAUUCUGGAACUGGUUAUAUUGACGCAUCAUCAAGCUCGUCAAAUACACUCCCGCUGGCAAGGACAUCUGCCCCUGGGCAAAACCCUUAUGAUAGCCUAAGCCCAGACGCUAUUCUCGGAGCAUUUGCAGCCGCCAGUGCAACCAACCUGUCGGAGUCACAAGCGCCUGCACCAUCGCCAUCGCCUCAGCCUUAUAACCGCCUCUCAGCGAUUCGACGACCACCGAAGCUGGACAUCGAUGCCGUUCGAAAAGCGGAGGAGAGAGGCAGUAUGACAAGUUUGCCUGAUUUGAUCCGACGAGCAACUCGACUUGCAACUAUGAUUGAUCAUGGCAAACGGCCAGGGAGCCGAUUUGAUAACCUGAACGAUUUCUUCGACGACAAGGGCCAGAUGCGCGGGGGUGAUAAGGAAAACUCAGGUCUAUCGGAUAUGCUAGCAGCAUUCCCCCCUCCCGCGCAGCCGACAGGUCGACAAAGUCGCGGCUCUUGGUUCCGUACAACGUCCUGGCCUCUUGCACCUGGCCCUGGACAAGGUAACGGACCGUCGCGAAAUGGCCAGCGUGGGGGGACACCCUCGGAUGAGGGACAAGGCAAACCACGCCGGCGUUGCUGCGGCCUCCCUGUCUGGGCGUUCGUUAUGUUGAUGAUACUGCUGCUGUGCAUUAUCGUGGCUGCUGUGCUUGUUCCGCUAGAAUUCUUUGUCUUUAAGAACUUGGGAAACCACGACAAGCCUCAAUCUGCACUGGCUCAGUGUCAACAAUCACUUAAAUGUCAGAACGGUGGAACAAACAUCAUGUCUCAGGGUACUUGCUCGUGCAUCUGUACGAAUGGCUUCACGGGCUCGGACUGCAGCGUUGCGGGAUCUGAUGGCUGCACAAUGACAGACUUUGGCGGCGAUCUCAGCAAUGUGACUCUAGGAAAGAACAUUCCACGUCUCAUUGAGGACAGCGCGAAAAACUUCUCCAUUCCUCUCUCUGGUACCGCCAUCAUGGCCAAGUUGAACUCCCAGGAGCUGUCCUGCAUUGCUCAAAAUUCACUGGUCACCUUUGAUGGUGCAGCUUCGCGCAAAAGGGGACUCAUGCUGGACCAGGACAAACGCGAGGCGCAUGCCGCCUCCCUGGUACCCCGUGCACCCGAAUCCGCUACUGCCAUUGUCGUAUCUUCAGAGACUGCAAAUCCCACUAAACUGAUUGUUGAUGAAGGAAGCCCGGAGGGCGUUCCGACCACGACUGGGAGUGCAACCAAAAGCUCAAGCACAGCUGUCCCCACGCAAACACAGACUCCUACGAACAAGUUUCAGAUUACCAAUGAGGUUCUAGACUUUGCACGGGUCGCUGUACUUUUUGUUCUCCAGCAGCAGGAUCUGGAUAGCGCCCAAGACGCACAGUCUAGCAUUGAUAAGUUCUUUGCUAAGGCUCGUAAAGACGAUGGGGUGCUCGUAAAGGAGGCUGAGAAUGUCAGUAUCGGUGACAAGAAGUCAGUGGAUCUUCUGAGGUACAAGAUCACCCUUGGGUCAAGCACAGUUGGGGGGAACGUCAAACGUCAUGCCUUGCCUGUGAAAACCACUCCUGCUUACGUGUCUGUUCGGCACAGAGCAGUACACACUUGGAGACAAGGCAGAACAGAGGUCAUCAAAAAAACAUGA